UUGACUUGCAAUGUGGGCAUGUCGCCACUAGAUGUCUCAAGUCCGAUUCCAGUUUAACUCUUGCUGGAGAACUUGGUCUGGACAUUAUGGAUUGUAAUGCUCAGCUUCAUGCUGCUCUGUAUGAGCGGAAACUCCUGUCACUAGAGGUACGGAAACGAAGGCGACGUUUCGGCAAAGUGAGACCAGGACAGGCAAAACUGUCAGUGUCUUCACAGUCAACUGACUUUGUCCUUAAGUCAGAAAUGGAAUGUGAAGAAGAAGAAGAGAUAGUGGAGGAGGAUGAAGAACUGGAAAUAUCUCAAGAUGAAACAGCUGGCUCUCUUAGGGACAUGCAGGUGAAAUUUAAACCAAAGUUGUCAGAGCAAGUGGAACCUGCCCAAAAGGGGAAGUUGCCAAAGGAGUCUGAACAGAAACCUGUACAUGAAGGGCUGCUGCUUCAAGCCAAAAUAGAGCCAAUGCCAAAAGAUGCUGAGCUUCCAUUUAAUUUGCUACAGAUUUUGCAGGCAAACAGGAAUCUAAGCAAAGUUCAGGCUCGCAAGGCGUUUUCUGCCUACCUGCAACGUGUGCAGCUGCGCCUGAUGAAAGAAGUUGGGGAUCAGGUCCAUAAUCCUGCCUGGGCUGCCAAGGAGGAUGAGCAGAUGGAGCUGGUUGUUCGCUUUUUGAAGCGAGCAGCCAGUAAUCUCCAACAAUCUUUGAGAAUGCUGCUCCCAAGUCGGCGCCUGGCCCUGUAUGACCGUAGGCGCAUCUUGGCUCAUCAGCUGGGUGAAUUUAUCAUCUGUUAUAACAGGGAAACUGAUCAGAUGGCUCACAGAAACUUAAUGAAGAAACAAGAGGAGGAAGAGGAGGGGGUAGAUGCUGAAGGCUUUCACAAAUUUAUUACUAAGGCAAGUGAAAGUGAUCUGGAGGAGGUGUUGACUUUUUACACACACAAGAAUAAGUCAGCAAGUGUCUUCCUGGGAACAAACCCUGGAGCUACAAAGCCCAGUAACAGCCAGAUGGAAAGUAGGGCCAAAGAAGGUCGCCCAGAAAUUAUGGAAGAAGCUGAAAAACAGCAACCUGAAAUCCCAGUGGAUAAGGAAAAUGUGGCAGAGGAGCUGAGAAGUGACCAACACAAAGGAACCAGACUAUCCAGGAUUCCCUCUUCAGCAGAUGAUGAAGAGAACAUACUACAACGCAGCCUCCUUAGUACAUCUUCCUCUGUUCCUGGUGUCAUCCUUCCACAAAGCAUCAGUUCUCAGCUAUCCUCUCAUACUACAACCUCUGCUAAUGCACAGAGUGCUAUGCAGAUCUACAGCCAGAGACUGUCCCGGCCAUCUUCAGCAAAAGCAGCAGGUUCAAGGAAUCACAGCCCAAGCAGACAGCGUGGUGGAUCUGCCAGAGUGAGCAAGGAUGGGGAAGACUGUUCUUCCCAGAGCAAGCGCUACAGUCAUGGUCUUGUUGCAGCAGAACUGCAGAGACUGGCAGAGAAGCAGGCAGCCAGGCAAUACUCUCCUCCUAGUCACAUCAGUCUUCUUACACAGCAGUUAACGAAUUUGAAUUUGAUGAGUGGAGCUGUAAGCAGAGGAAAUGCAACUUCUCCCAGUUACCGACCACCGCUCAACCCAGGAGGUUCAUUCUGGGCCUUUCAGACACACACACAAACCACUGACAUCAGACCUGCAUCUUUGACAGUCAGGACUCUGGAGACUGACAGCUUUGCUUGGGAAGGGGAUGCAGAGAACAACAUACACACUAAAUUGAUAGGAAGCCAACCGGGACUUCCCAGGGCCUCGCCAAGUGCUGGCAGCUAUCAACUCCAUUUUGCCCUGCAGCAGCUCCAACAGCAGAAACUUCAGUCUCGACAGCUUUUGGACCAGAGCCGAGCCCGACACCAGGCUCUGUUUGCUAAUUUCCCAUCAUCAAGUAUCAGCUCUAUGGCGCUGUCAUCUAGUUCUGGUGCCCACAGAACAUCAAGUGCCAUUUCUAGCAGCCAGAAGGUACCCAGCCUACAUAAGGUGAUGCCAUCCCAGAGUGCAUCUUCACACUUGGUUCCAAAGCCCCCAGCCAGCCACAGACAAGCAGUUAUUAGGAAGGUGGCAUCUCAGAGGAUUUCCAAGGCAACCUCCACAGAAGGGCAUCUGAAUGGAUUCCAGAAUAGCCUUAACAGUGCUACAUCCUGUGAGCCACUCACAAACUGCAAAGGUCUUCUAGAAGCUGGACCCCAGAUUAUUUUCGCCAGAACUAGACCUUUGUCCAGCCGAACCAGAACCAUUGACACAGUUGUAGGGCCAAGAAGGAAAAGGCCAGUGGAGGGAGGACCAGAUUAAGCUCCUGCGUGCACUUACUUUUUGAAAUGAAGGAUUAAUCCUAAAUAAUGGGUGAACAAACAAUUCCAUGCUUCAGCAUGCGAGGAGGAGGUGAAGCAGAAAUGAAUGUUAUUCCACGCUCCUGGAAACACCCAGAUUGAUAGCAAGACCUGUCGCACACGCCAGAAUUUUCCCCAAGUAAAAGAGAGCAGCUCAGCGUUUCUGGAAGUGGUGCUGGAGCCCCGACCUGAGACUUCCUAGUCCCUCUGAGCUUUAAGUCUCAGGGUUUCCUUUGCAUUCUGUAUUGCAUCUUCCAUCAGCUAGCCCUCAGAUUCUGGUUAUGACUCACAUGAGGCAGGAGUUCUUAAUUGUGUCUGUGUUAGAUAUACCAAGACCCAGAUUUCUUUCUCCAUGCAGUCAUUUUGGCUCACCUUGAGAACAGCCAAGGUUCUCUUUCAAGUUCUGGGCAGCAUUCAUACCAUAUGACCACCAAUGGCACAAGGAGUUAAAAUGCUGACUUGACUAUAGACACUUCUGGCUGCUAUCUUGAAUUUUGGCAGGAAGCCAUAGAAAUGCUCAGUCUGAAUAAAGUCAUUCAUUUUGUUUGUUUAGCUUAAAA